AUGGUUGGGAUCAUAGGCAUUAACAUUUUAUUAAACUAAUUGAAUCUGGUUGUUUAAAUAUUCCUUGCCAUCUACCUAAUGAUUAAAAGGAAAAUUUUAAUGAGAAAGCUAAAAAAGCUGAAGGAUUAGCAAGAAAAGAAAAAUGCCUUGGAUUUGAGAUUGAAUUUAGUUGAAACUAUGAAUCUAUCAAAGAAUAUAUCUUUUGAUUCAUAAUCUCCAUUCACAAGCAUUAAUUUUGAUGAUGAUGGACUCAUAGUCUAAAAGCCAACCAAAGGAAUUUAAUAAAUAAAGUAGAAAGUAAUAGAUUUUAGCAAGGGAAGAAAAACUUUAUAACUAAUUAGAGAUCUUAUAAUUCCGAAAACAACAGAAUAAGCAAAAUAAGAAUUUAAUUCUAUAACAGCAUAAGUAUCCUCUAACGAUAGCUUCCAAUCAGUCUAAGAUAAGAAAUAAUUAGCUUAUUACUAAGACCCAUCAUUGCAAUAAGGAAAAUUUGAGAUAUUAGAUGAAUUGAUUCAUUCUCCUAAAGUUCAUUGUAAUAAUACUGUUAAAAAUGGGGGACAAUUCUCUAAAACCUAAAAUUCAUAUGAUGAAUUUGAAUAUACACAUCAAGAUUUACUGCAUGUUGAUUCUAGUAAUCAAGUUUAAGAUAAAUCUUGA